CGAGCGUCCAACGGCCUCACAAAGCAGCGACCUGCCCUCCCGACAUCCACCUCUUCGCCCCCCAUGGCUCCCAAGACCGCGCCAAAGGCUAAGGCAGAUGCUAAGCCAAAAGCGGAUGCCAAGGCUAAGGGCAAGGCGAAGAAGGAGGAAGCCGAGGAGGAGAAGCCCAAGAUGACGGCCCCGAACCGCGAGGAGUUCGACGAGAAGAUUGAGAAGUUCAAGACGGAGAUCGACAAACUCCAGGCCAAGCAGAAGGCUCUGUCCGAGAAAAUCCAGGAGCGCUCUGGAGGCAAGGAGGAGUUCUACGCCAAGAAGGCUGAGCUUCGGGCUCAGCUUGAUGAGCUCUCUGGCAAGAUCGAUGGGCUGCAGGCGCGGAAGGACGAGAUCAACCGUGCGGUGGGCAGCAAGCGUGAUGAGGAGCGCGAGAAGCGCUCGCAGCUGAACACGAUGAAGAAGUCGAUUGGCUUCACGAGCGAGGCUGACAUCGAUAAUCGCAUCGCCUCCAUCGAGUUCCAGCUAUGCACCGAGUCGGUCCCACUGAAGGAAGAGAAGAAGCUCCUGGCUGAGAUUCAGCAGCUCAAGAAGAACCGCUCCAAGGUCAACCAGAUGCAACAGAUGGAGCAGAACCUUUCCACUGUGGACCCGACCAUGUCCAUGAAGGAGCAGAAGGAAGCGAUCAACACAGAGAUGCAGCAGUACCGCGACGAGAAGCGCAAGAUCCAGGAUCAGAUGACCGAGCUGUCUGAAGCGCGCAAGCAACAGCUUGGCCCUAUCGAGGAGAUCCAGAAUGAGCGCAGCGCCAUUGGCGACCAGCUGAAGGCGAAGAUCGAGGAACGCAACGCCUUCCGCGAUGAGUUCCGCGCGAAGGAGCGUGAGUACAACCAGUACCUGGCCGAACUCCGCCGUGCCAAGCAGGAGAAGUAUGCGGCCGAGAAGGCCGAACGCCAGAAGGAGUACGACCUCCGCCGCAAGCAGCGUGAGGCCGACAAGCUCGACGACCAGCCGUAUGUGGCGGAGAUCACCCUCAUUGAGCAGACGAUCAAGUUCUGCCAAAGCCUGGUGCAGUCCAAGGUGGCAGAGAAGAAGGACGAGAAGAAGGAGGUCGUGCACAACCAGCCGGACGACUGCGAGAUCCUCGUGCGCAAAGAG